AUGGAAACGCACAAAGCCAAACUACGCUGCCAAUGGUUACAAUGCAGACCACGUUCUUCAUCCAGCGGCAAGAACAAACUGAAAGAACCUCUCGUGGAUUCUGAUGAUUCUUCCAAUGAGGUGCCGUUCUCAAGCAAGAGGAAGGCAGCAACCGCUUUUGGUUACUGUCACGGAAUGAGAGAAGGGGCUAACGAGGAGGAGAAGAGGAUGAUGAAUAUCAAGAAAACAAAAAUAGACUGUUUUAUUCAAAAUAAACAGUUUGAUUUCAAUGAUGAUGAACUUGAAGUUGUUGAUAUUCUCUUUAACCUCCCCGGGAACUUCUUAGAGAGAGUUAAUUUAAAGACUUCAAGCAGUGCUGCGAAUUCAACUGCCAGUGCUGACCAAGAACAGGUUUCAAAGGAGGAUUCCAAGAUGACCGUUAGCUCAAUGGAUUCUCAUUCCAAGAAAGAAACAAAGAAACCAGUCAACACAGAAAGAAACAGCCCCAGUGCCGUGAAUUCAGGUCCCAGUGCCUAUCAAGAACGGGUUUCAAACAAGAAUUCCAAGAAGGUCAUUAGCUCAGUGGAUUCUCGGUCCAAGAAAGAAUCAAAGAAACCAAUUAACCAAGAACCCUCUGAAUUGCCACAAAAUUUCAAGAACCUGAUCAGUGAUAUGGGUGGCAGCAGGAUCACUCUGCUUAUCCAGAAAACUCUCUAUCAAUCGGAUUUGGAUCCGCAACAAAAUCGGCUUUCGAUUCCGUCACAGCAGGUCAAGGACAAAGAUUUCUUGCUUCCUACGGAACUAGAAAGUUUGGAGGAGAAAAACGGAAUAAAAGUGAAAUUGAUCCAACCUUCCCUGGAAAUCACCGAGUUGACUUUGAUUAAGUGGUUCAUGCACAAGGGCCCAGGGUCAAAGAAAGUAAGCAUUUCCUAUAUUUUGAGAUCAAAUUGGGUCAAAGUUGCAAAGGCUAACAAUCUAGAAAAGAAUGAUGUUGUUCAAGUUUGGUCAUUCCGAGUUGACGAGAAAUUAUGCAUGGCAAUUGUCAAGCUUUGA